AUGGACAGUGCAAUUACAUGGAGAAAUUCCAUGAGGCAUACAAUAGAUUAUCAGGUGUGUAUUCACCCUCACACCUUGCAGUGCUUAAGGCAUCCUUCUGAAGCCCAGAAGAAGCGGCUUAACUCUGGUGAUACGAAUACAAAGUCUAAGACAGCUACAGGCACAAACACCGAUACAUUGCUUGUGGGCAAUACCAGCUAUAGCGGACGUAAUUCCACUGAGGAUUUGAGGAGGUACUUCUACAAUCAGUUAGACAGGUUUGACUCGUGUAUUGGUAAGAGAGAUAAGGAGUCCAACAAUCAGACGUUGGAUAUGCUACGACCUUCACCGCAAUUACAAAACAUCAAUGAGAUUUACAAAGAUGAGUCGAAUAGUACGGGACUUUCCGCAGGUGUCCAUAGGAAAUCGAGCCACAACGUCUCAACCGAUGUGAUUAAUGAAGACCCUGAGAGGGAAGAGGCGGAGGAGGAGCUUCAAGACCAAUCGUUGAAGAGAAUUGCGAAGGAAAUGUUCAAUUUGACGUAUAAUGAGGUUCUGGCGUCGAAGUACGCCGCUGUGCUGGGUACAAAUGAACAGUGGAACUAUAAACUGUGUGAAGAGUUCAUGAAACUGUUUGACAAGUGGCCAGAGGCCUUGGUUCAAGCCCUGAGGCUGCUCUGUUCUAAGCUGUAUCUAAUUGGAGAGGCGUCUCAGAUUGAUCAAAUUUUGGAAGUGUUUGCGAUAAGCUGGUGCCAAUCACAUCCUCAAAACCAAUUGGGUGAUUAUACGAGUGUUCAUAUCGUGUGCUUCUCGUUGUUCAUCUUGAAUUCGGACCUGUACAACAAUCAGAACCAGGAGACUCGAUUCUCAAAGGAUGAAUUCGUCACUAACACCCUGUUUGCCAUAAAAGAGGAGAACUCUGCAGUUACAGACGACGAUACACUAAUAGAGACGCUGCGAGCAUUCUAUGAUGAUAUAUCUCAACGGAAAUUAGAGCUCUUGAAUACUCUCCCACAUCAGAAGUUUGCAAGUCGAAAGAGUAGUCGAAGAUUGUUUUCAAAUUCGAAUAUCGAUAAUGCACACCACAACAACGGCAAUUACGUUAAUAACAGCAAUAAUCAGAGACACUUUUCAAAUGUGUCGUUGAUUUCCAAGAGUACGAGCAGAUUAUCGUCCAUUGGAUCUACAGUCUCGUUUUCGCCGUCUUUACGCAAUAUCAGUUCACUUACAGAGACAAAUGAUUCAAACUAUGAAGUGGAUUACAUGAAGGAUGAAUACGAUGAUGAACUAGAGUCAUAUGGACCACCUUGGGCAAUGGAAGGAUUGAUAAAAUGUGAACCACAACAGAAAGUUAGACGGAAGAAAUCGGGACUGUUUGGCUGGUUGAACAACAACUCAAGGGGGAACAUUUCAUCCGAGUUGGACAUCUACAACGAGAAAGAUUGGAAACAGAGUAUAGUUGUCAUAUCCAAAGGACUCUUGAAACAAUACUCCUUUGGGUCCUCAUCUGAUCGGAAGAACUUCAUUAGAACCAAAUCUAAUGAAUUUGUAAGCACCAUCAUCACUUACAAUUUAUACUCCGCAGUUGCAUCUCUUGUUGGUGAGAACGUCAUUUCAAAUGUAAACUCAAAGACUAAUGGAGUUGCUUGGACUUUAACUAUUCCAAACCUACUCACUAAUGACUAUACAGGUGACAAGAAGGUUGUCUACUACGCACCAAGCCUUCAAGUUGCUCAUAAUUACAUUGAAACUUGCAAUUUCUGGGCCGCAAGAAUAACUUCAAUACCAACUUCUGAUAAAGAUAUCGUAACAAAUCAAGAGUAUGGAUGGAGCCCAGAAGUUCUUCGAAUGGAUGUCGACUCGUUACAAAGAGUUCAAAUUAGCAACUGGGAAUGUCUCUUGUCUAUAGAAUCUUCCUUCAUACCAUCCUCCUUAUCUUUGAGAGAUCAAUCCUCAAGCAUGAAGAAGUAUGUUGAUAGUAUCACACAGUCGUUGAACGAUCAUCUCGCACUGAAGGAACAGAUUGAACAAACUUGGGGUGAAAAGGAAGGAAUAGAAGAUCGUUACAACACAGUUAUGAAUAACUGGAGUGAAAAAUACGUUUAUCUACUUCAACAGAAGACAAAACAUCAGACGUAUCUGGACUCUCUAGCUUUGGCAUUAUCUUUCAAGGCAUCAAAGGUUUAGCAUAUAGCUUUCUCAUAGUGUAUUACAAUACCAUCCAAUUGAAUCCUGUGCUCGUUCGACAAUGUCACUUCGAUGAAUUGUUAGUGCUAGUAAAUAGCUGUUUCUCAAAUUCACGCGUUGUUGUGGUGAUCUACAAUGUUGCUCAUACCAAUAUCCUGUUUUGAUUUCCUGUGCCCACCACAAAACAACAAUCAACAAAAGUAAACAAACAAGUAAACAAACAAAUAAACAAACAAAUAAACAAAC